AUGCAGGAUAUGUUGGAUGACAUCCGGGCAGGCACCUUCAAUGAUGCGCCCCAAGAUAGCACUCCUGCGGCAAACAGGCCACGAGAGACGGUAGAUUCACCAUCUUUCGAGCAACUACUAGAUGAUGCCCGACGUCCGUUAUUUGAUGGGUGUACAAAAUUUUCAAAACUGUCAUUCGUCGUCAAGUUGUUACACAUCAAAUCAAUCGGUGGGUGGUCAAUUAAGUCAUUUGACAUGCUACUUGAUUUGUUGAGGUCUGCCUUUCCUGAUGCCCUAUUGCCACAAUCAUAUGAGGAGUCAAGGUCGUUGGAGCGAGGUUUGGGCUUCAAAUACCACAAAAUCCAUGCGUGCCCCAACGACUGCAUCUUAUUUUGGAAGGAAAAUACAGCUCUUAAUGAAUGCCCUGUAUGUAAGGCUUCGAGGUGGAUACCAAAUACACACGGACUUGCCGCGGUACCUCAAAAAGUGUUGCGUCACUUUCUUUUGAAACCGAGAUUGCAGCGUCUCUUCAUGUCUGCAAAGAUAGCAGGUGAUAUGCGAUGGCACAAAGAGCAACAGACGGAAGAAGAUACUUGUAUGAGACAUCCGGCCGACUCUGAGUGCUGGAAGAAAUUUGAUGAAGAUCAUGGCUGGUUCGCUUCAGAUCCUCGCAAUGUUAGGCUCGGGCUGGUAAAAUUGGCUUGUCCGUCUUGCAAUGCAGACACAGACUCUAAUUGGUUGAAAUAUGGCCGAAAACAUUGUUACAUGGGACAUCGUCGUUUCUUACCCCCAGAUCACAUAUGGAGAAGGAGGAAAUGGUUGUUCAACGGUAGAGAAGAUCAUCGCAGGCCACCAAGGGAAUUUGGUCCUGAAGAGAUUCAAAAUCAAUUGCAGAUGAUUGGGGAUGUUGAGUUUGGCAAAUCUCAUAGGAAGAAAAAACGCACUGCUGAAGAGCUGAACUGGACAAAGUGUAGCAUAUUCUUCGUGUUACCUUAUUGGUCAACAAUGCGACUUCGGCAUAAUUUAGAUGUUAUGCAUAUUGAGAAGAAUAUUGCCGACAACAUCUUAUUCACUUUAAUGAACAGUCCAGGGAAAAGUAAGGAUAACAUCAAUUCAAGGCGUGACUUAGAGCUUUUGGGCUAUAGAAAAGAAUUACACUUGAUAUGGCAUGGUGAUCGUAUGGGUUCGCUUCCAAUAUCUCGAACUGUGUAUCUCGACGUGACUGCAAAAUCUCAGGGUUGA